AUGCUGUCCUCCAUCCAGAUCCUCGCCAUCCUGGCCGCCACCGCCUCCGCCCACAUUGUCAUCUCCGACCCCAAGCCCUUCGAGGGCUCCAUCAACUCCCCCAUCGGGGACUCAAACCCCUUCCCCUGCCAGGGCAAGACCAGCGGUCCUUCUAACUCCAUGGAGCUGGGCUCGUCGCCAAACCUCGCCUUCAUGGGUUCCACCGUGCACGCCGGUGGCUCGUGCCAGAUCUCCCUGACCUACGACACCGCCCCCAGCGCCUCCUCUGCCUGGAAGGUCCUCACCUCCUUCGAGGGUGGCUGCCCCGCCCGUGGCCAGACCGGUAACCUGACGCCCGAGUCCGCCACCCUGGCGGUGCCCGACCAGUACAACUUCACCGUCCCCUCCGACAUCCCCGCCGGCAAGGCCACGCUCGCCUGGACCUGGAUGAACAAGAGCGGUGGCGUGCGCGAGUUCUACAUGAACUGUGCUGCGGUUGAGCUCACCGGAACUGGUGGUGACCAGGCCAACUUCGAGAAGCUGCCCAACAUGGCCGUUGCCAACGUCCCCAGCGUCAACAGCUGCACCACCACCGAGGGCAACGACUACACCUUUGAGAACCCCGGCAGCGACGUCCGCAAGGAGGGUGACGGUCCCUUCUCGCCCCUCAAUGGAUCCGGCUGCGAGGUUGGCGGUUCCUCCGGCACGAGCCCCGCUGGCGGUGCCGCCACCAGCGCUGCUGCUGCUGCCCGCGCCGUCCGCCGGGGUACCAACGGCAAGGUCGCUCGCGAGUUCUAA